UCAAGCGAGGCAGCCAAUGUGACAGCUGGAGGGGCGCGGUUUGAGCACGGUACAGGUUAUUCCUGUGUUUGGCCAGGGUUACACCUGGCUGAAGAGAACAGAUUUCCUCAAAGUUAUCAACAUGUUGGGUUUGGGAAGCGGAGGUGUAAAAUCUUCAAAGCCUUCGUUUGUUUCAUAUGUCACCCCGGAGGAAAUUAAACCAGAAAGAGAGUCUUCAAGAAAAGAGAAACAUCCAGACUUGUUGCCAGGAGAGGUAGUUUUCUGCAGUGCCACCCAUGUCUUGAAGUACACACAGGAUGAUGCAUCACAGCGAGGAGUAUAUGGGACCCUCGUCUGCACCAACUUCAAGAUCUCCUUCGUUAGUGAUGAGACCCCCAUGGAGGAGAUGCCUCAGCUCUUCAAGAAUAAACUUUAUGGAGAAAACGACAUCCCUCUGACAUGUGUGGACCAAAUAUAUGGAGUGAAUGAUGAAAAGAAAAAGCUGGUAAUUGGUGGCCAAGUAAAGAACAAGAGCCCAUCAAAGCUUGUUAUUUACUGCAAAGACCUGCGAGUCUUUCAGUUCUGUUUGACGUAUGCAAAAGAAGAGGAAGCUAAAAAGAUCUUUCAGGGAAUUGUUCACCACAGUCUUGAGCCCAAGUCACUAAAAUGUAUAUUUGCCUUUUCCUAUUGUGAAAUGACAGCAGCAGCUCCAGAGCAAUCAACAAACCAGAAAACCAUAAUGUUUGAAAGUAAAGAUGAGUGGGAGAUGGAAAUGAAACGUACUAAAGGAAAUUGUCGAUUAGCGACUGCAAAUGAAAAUUAUAGCAUCUCUGAAAAGCUGCCACAGUUUUUCAUCGUCCCUUCAGCUGUAUCGGAGGAAGACAUUGUAAAUUCCCAUGGGAAAGGAAUACCAAUCUGGUGCUGGUCCCAUCAUAGUGGCUGCGCACUCUUUAAAAUGGCAUCUUUACCUUUGCCUCAGGAUGACAGUGUUGCACAAUUGCACAAAAAGUACAUGGAAAGAGUGUACAAUGCUGUUGCUCAGAAUCACCUUUUCUCCCUGAAAACAGAGGACCUUUCUGCCACACUUCCUUCUGUUCAAGACAUACAACAAUCCUACAACAAAUUCAAACAGUACUUUCUAAUUGAUAAUAUUACUGAAUUUUGGAUGUCAGAUAUGAAAUGGCUUUCUUCUUUGGAAAAUUCUGGAUGGUUAGACCAUAUCAGACAGUGUCUUACAAAAGCAGUGGAGAUAGUAGAGUGCUUGGAAAAAGAAAACACAAAUGUUCUUAUGAUGGAGGAGGAUGGUUCUGACCUUAGCUGCAUAAUCACCAGCCUGGUACAGCUGAUGAUGGAUCCCUUUUUCAGAACUCUCUCAGGUUUCCAGAGUUUAGUGCAGAAGGAAUGGGUGGCUGGCUGCCACAGCUUUCUCGAUCGCUGCAACCAUCUUCACCAGAGGGACAAGGAGUCACAGUCUCCUGUUUUCCUGUUGUUUUUGGAGUGUGUCUGGCAGUUACUGCAACAACAUACUCCAGCAUUUCAGUUUUCUGAAACCUACUUGACUGUCCUGUCAGAUAGUAUCCAUGUUCCUCUCUUCAGCACAUUCCUCUUCAACUCUCUGUGCCAGAAGGACUCUGCCAUGAAGUUUGAGUCUCCAGAAGCACAAAGGAACCCCUUGACAUUUCCCACAGUAUGGGAUUGGUCACUGCAGUUUGAUUGCAAAGCCCAGGAUUUCUUCACUAACCCUCUUUAUGUGGAGAAGCCAAAGCAAGAGAAAGCAUCUAGGAAAACGCAUCGCCCGAAGCACCAGAGACAACUGUCUUUGCCAGCUACGCCUUUCAAGUCCUCUCCAAGAAGAGGUUUCUUUAAAGAAGAAACUGACAGCCUGAAAAAGAUACUGCUAGGAAAGAGGAUCACCAAAUGGAUACAUUCCCCUGAGGCAUCUGCACUGACAGCCAGAGACUUCUACCAAUCAUGGCAGAGGAAGCCUCUUGACUACCAUGGCCUCCUGCUCCCAUGUCUGGAUGGUCCUGCCAUCAGAGUCUGGAUGCAGAGAUACCUGCGCUGGAUUCCUGACUUGCAGAUAUUUGGAGGAGGCUCAGUGUCCAUCAUGACCAAAAUCUGGGAUCUAGUAACUGAGAUCCAGGUCCUGCGGGAUGAGUUAGACUGGUGUACUUCUAACUUGCAAUUCAGCAACCAGAAGAGAGAGGUGUGCCCUAAGUUUUCUGCCCGUAUGUCCUCCUCUUUUCCAUUUUUUUCUUCACACAACAGGUCCUUCAAGCCUGUCAUUCCCACAAGCCUUCUCCAGAGCAUGAUGAUUGGGGGGACCUUGGUUGAUAAGGAGGAUGAAGACACCGAGUUUUUAGGAGUUGUUUAGGACGAACAUGUGAAUCCUGUGUUAUUCAACCAUUGUGACAAUCGCCUCAAUAGGUUUUUAUCUCUAAAAGGUGUUAUCUAUAGGAAUUCUUUGUACUGGAUAUGCAGUUUGUACCCUGCUGUACAGAAAUGAGGUUUGAAACCACAGAUGCAAGCAUUAAUAUUUUAAAUUCAUAAAACAAAAAAAUCUUAAUUUCUAGGCCUUCUUUGCUAUACUUUUUCCAGAAAUAAAGUAAAUCUUUGUCUUGAUUGUCAACUAAAAGAUUUACCAAAAAUGUGUCAGUAGAAAAUUCAGAUAUUAUUUUAGUAAAAAUGGCAGUUCUCUAAGAUCAGUAGAAUCUUGUAUAACCAGGGCUCUCGAACACUGCUCCUGCAGAGCCCCUAUCCCAGCUAGUUUUAUUGGUAGCCAUUAAAUCAGAAAUGUCUGAAGACCUGGAACAAUUUAACUGUAAUCUCACAAAGUUGAGUGGUUUUUACAGUAGAGAUGGUUUUUACAGUAAUUUCAGCACCAAUUAAAACAAAACAAGACCCUUAAGACCCUUGUUCCCUAGGGGUCUAAAGUUCCCUUAACAAAUUUCUUGAUAAUAUAUCAAUAACUUACAAGUGUACCUCAUCUUAAAAAACAGGUGAUUUGGGGUAAGCUACCACCUGUUUGACCAGGAUGUUAUGAUGUUAUGACCAGGAUAGAGACUCUUGCAUUAAACCAUUACAAAAUACUCCACAAUCUCUUAACUGCAACACUUUUUUCAGCAUACUUAGUUCAAAGGCAAUUUGAAGUCCAUCAUCCAUUUUCUAACUGCUUUGUCAAAAUCAGGAUCUUGAGGGAGCCUGAGCAACAUCCUGGCAAGCAGCGAGAGCAAGGCAGGAUACACCCUGGGUGGAAAGCCCGUCCACCUCACAGACACAGACACAGACAUGCAGACACUCACACCUGGGCUAACUUUCCUAGAAGCCAAUGAAUAUACCAGUAUGUCUUUAGACUCUGUGAGGAAACCGCAGCACCAAGCUAAAACCCAUGCGAAUGGGGAGAGAACAUGCAGAUUCCUUGCAGACAGCACUCCAGGUCCAGAAUCGAACCCUGGGCCCUAGUGCUGCAAGGCUGCAAUGCUAACCUCUGUGCCACUGUGCUGCCCUCCAAUUUGAAAUGUUUUUUUAUAACUCUUGGAGAUAUUCAAUUGUUUUCUGGUGCUGACAAUCAGGAAAGAAGAUAAUUGACCUGCAUGCUUCAUUACUAUUAAGUCACCUUUUUUAACUUUAUAUGAGCUCUGGUUUUACCUGGUUUUUACCUACAUUCUUUCAUUAGAAGCAGAUAUGUUCUCGUCAUGUAAGUGUGUAAAGCAAAAGCUGAGCCUAAGUGACAUACAUUGCAAAGCAGAUAAAUAUAUAACCGUGAUUAAAAAAAAACGUUUUUUUUUUCUUUAAAUGUUAACUUGCAGGGAAGAGGCGAUCAUUGUUGCUUUGAAAGAAGUGGUCUAAGAAGAAAUUACACCAUAUCCACAAACUAUUCCAUACUUAUUUAUAAUAAUGCUUAUUUGUAAUACUGAAUUUAAUACUAUGUAGAGCGGUUGCAGGCAGCUGCAAGCAGAUUAAAUUGAUGCAUAAAACUUUCACCCUUUCCUAAAGUUGUUUUAAGUAAAAUAAAUCUCUUGACAAACUUGUCCAAUCUGUGAGAUUUCUUACUGUAUAGCAUGGAUCAAACAAGUAUUUACAGUGCAUUUAAAUAUUGUCUAAUAAGGUUUUUGAUCCUAAAGAAGCUGAUAAAGAAGCUUAAUGUAUUGAGAGUACUUUUUUAUUUAUAUAAAGUGUCUUGAUUUUCACAUCUUUCUUGAAUAAAUAUGAAAAUAACGUGGCUGUUGCGUAUAUUAAAUAUUAAUGUAUAUUUAUGGGAGUUGAAAAAGAAGAAAUAGAAUAGACUCUCUUCUGCUCCUUUUCCAGUGAAUGGAGCUAGAAUAUAGUGGCUACCUUUUUUACAUCCUGUAGUUCCUGUUGUGCCAUCUACUGGUUGUUAUUGUGAACUGCUAAAAUUUAAAGUUAAAGGAGGUAACUUUGUUCAGGAGAUUUUAACUGGUGUUCAAACUCAAACAUAUAUUGCAAAAGGAGGUUUAAAUAAAUUGAUAUUUGUACCAUUUGUCUCCAGCAAACUAAACAUUUUGCACUGAAUUGUUCCAAAUAAUGUCUGGUCAUUCCCUUGGGUGGAAAAUGCCCUCUUAAGAAUUGUUUUUAUUUUUGUUGUUCAUUGUUUCAGGUUUAUUUUCAUACUCCUCCAAAUGUUUACGCUGAAAUCUGCAAUAAGACUUCAAAUCCUCUGGGGUAAAUGUUGUAAAAAAUACAUUUAUGGUGUAAUGUUACUUUUUUCAUAUGUAGUAGGAAACAUGACUUUAGCAGGGAACCAAAGCUUAAUUGCCAUCUUACUGUCAAAACACUGUAUGGAAAAUUUCAGCUGUCUUACUACUGGAGGAUGCAGCUACCUAAUUACCAAGGUUGAUGCACUUAAUUGCGAUGCACAAUCAAUAUUUCUUUAAAGCUGUGGUGUCUUUUUAGCUGAUUUUAUGUCUGUUACAUAUUUGUAAUUUAAUGAUGUAGCCUUAAUUCUUAGAGCACUGCAACAAAAUGAGGAUUAAAUGUAUUUAUGUUUGGCACUGGUAUUAUGACAAAAUAAGCUGUUACUCUACAUUUUCUUAUAGCUCUUUUAAUUUUAUCUAUCAUGUGCCCUGCUGUUCCCUGUCAGUCAGUGACACACUGAAAUUACUGUUUUAUACUGUAAACAGGGAUGCAAUUAAAUGUAUUGAAAUGUGAUCUAUAUUGAGGAAAGUUACUUCAUGAUAUUGAAGGUGAAGGAUAUAAUUUAACUUAAUUUUUUUUAUUUUAACCGCUGAUGUUGAAUUUGCUGUUAUUACGUAUUUCUGAUCUUGAAAUUAAAGUGAGAAAUUUG